AACAAACGUGCGUAGUGAUAUACAUGAACGUCCAAAUUCACUAAUAAUACCUAUUGUAUAUAGAGUUGAUAACGACGCUUAGUCUCUCAUAGUCCAUCAAACCAGUAGAUCAUGAGUCGUAAAAGUGAAAAAAUCGGAAACAUUUCUCGUGCGUCAUCUUUAAUUAUAUCUGGACGAGGUACGUCGACACCGAUCGAUGAGCCAACAAAAAUAUGUGCCGAUCUGAGUUUUAGAAAUCAAGAUAAUCGUGCUAAAAAGUCAUUGAACUUCCUGCAUCCCGCGAUCGAAUACGCAAACAAGCCGAUCUUCGGUCGGCGAAAUUUACAGUUGCUGAGCGACUGUGCAAAUGAAGCUGCGAAUGUCGCACCGGAGUUUGGAUUUUCUCUUCAGGCAGGAGAGACCACUAUCGGAUUCAACGAGCGAAUCACCGAUACAAUUUCUGCGCAUAAAACGCUGUCGUCCAAUCGUUCGAAGAACGAAUUAAAAAAACCUAAAAGUAAAGGACCAGUUAAUACGGCCAAAAAAGUACGCAACACUUCGAGAACACAGGAAUCCACUGUAAAAGAAUCGAAAAGUCGACGAUCGAUUUCUUCGAGAAAAACAUCAGUUUCCACCACGAACAAGUGCCGAUCUAAUCAGAGCAAUCCAGUUUUCAAAGUGACUCCCAAGUGCCCCAAAUCUCCUCGGAGUCUAGCAACGAUUCGCGCCAAAGCAAAGGAGCAUCGCAAGCGUAGAAGCUUGGUGAAAAAGGACGAAGAGAAAUCUAAGAUUCCGGUGAGACAAAACGAAGCUGAAAAUGAGAAUUACGUGGGUACAAUUCCAAAGUGUCCCAAGUCCGGAAUGCGUUCGGUUGAUACUCGAACGGAAUUCAAGAUUAAAGAGGCCAUCCCUGUUUUCAAGCACACAAAUGGAUCGUCACAGGAAAAGACGAAGCCUUUCAAGUCAUCUCUAUUAUCAUCGAGCGGAAUACGGAAAAAGAACGAUAGUAAAAAAAUGUGCAAGCGCAGUGCUUUAUCAGAGUGUUUAAAGGAUCUUAAGUCCAAGGAAAAGAAUGCCGCAGACAUAGAGAAGCUUGCAGUUUUUAAGGCUGGACCUAUUAGAACGUAUGCGCCAGUGCAACCAAUUAAACCACGUCCAAUCACUCUCCCUGAAUCUCCUAGAAUAGGCCAACGUCACCGUCUACACUCGUGUCCGCGCUGAUUCGGUAUAAAUUCAAACUGAUUGCAUAGAAUUUUAAUUAUUCAACAUACCUUUGUAAAAAGAAUUAUAAUAAACGUGCACGAAGUAAAAGAGUAAACGAAAA